AAAAAAGAAAAAGAAAAUCGCAGAAUCCGACAGGUGCCGGAAAUUUUUACAGCAAAACAAAAAUCAAAAGGAUCUUCCACUCUGCACAGCACAGCACCGUUCAAUCUCUCCGAAUUUUCCACUUUUUCAAAGGUUCGAAUUCGAACUUUGCACUUUGCAUAAGCUGCAGGUCCGGGUUGGUCGUCGUAGUCGCUCUUUGUCUCGUCACCGUCUCGCACUCAGUCGCGCGCCUUCCCUGCGCUCAUCACCGGUGGCGGAAGAAGCAGCACGUCCCGGGGCCGGUCAUCGUUGUCGUCUUCUUGCUUCGAGCCUCGCCAUCAGCAGCUGGUCCCCGAUUUGCAUAUGGAGUGAACAUUCUUGGUUUCCUUAAUGGCCCAAGACCCAGCUUCUGGUGCUGAUUCGCCUCGUACGAGGCGUUAUGGCCUACUACGGGACCAAGUUCAACUGGUUAAAAGAAAGGAUUGUGAUCGCUAUGAAAUUGUUCCAAUCCAGGAUUCCUUGUCGUUUGAGAAAGGAUUUUUCAUCGUGAUUCGUGCAUGCCAGUUGUUGGCUCAAAAGAAUGAUGGGAUCAUAUUAGUAGGACUUGCAGGUCCCUCUGGAGCAGGCAAAACUGUUUUCACUGAGAAGGUCAACAAUUUUAUGCCAAGCUUAGCCGUCAUCACAAUGGACAAUUAUAACGAUUCUAGUCGAAUCAUAGAUGGCAAUUUUGAUGACCCUCGUUUGACGGAUUAUGAUACUUUGCUUGAAAAUAUAAUGGGUCUUAAAGAAAGGAAAGCAGUACAGGUUCCAAUAUAUGAUUUCAAGACUAGUUCUCGCGUAGGUUACAGGACUGUUGAAGUCCCUAGUUCCCGCAUUGUCAUCAUAGAAGGCAUUUAUGCCUUAAGUGAAAAAUUACGACCUUUGCUUGAUCUUCGAGUUUCGGUCACUGGGGGAGUUCACUUUGACCUUGUCAAGCGUGUGCUGCGUGACAUUCAACGUGCUGGUCAAGAGCCUGAAGAAAUCAUUCAUCAAAUCUCUGAAACGGUAUAUCCUAUGUAUAAAGCUUUUAUUGAGCCUGAUCUUCAAACAGCACAUAUAAAAAUUAUUAACAAGUUUAAUCCGUUCUCUGGAUUCCAGAAUCCCACCUACAUAUUGAAGUCACUAAAAGCUGUGACAGAGGAUCAAAUCAAGUCAGUUAUUGCUGCUGAGCAUACUGAGACGAGAGAGGAAACAUAUGACAUAUAUCUUCUACCACCAGGGGAAGACCCUGAAGCAUGUCAAUCAUACCUGAGGAUGAGAAACCGCGAUGGGAAGUAUAAUCUCAUGUUUGAGGAAUGGGUCACAGAUAUUCCAUUCAUAAUAUCACCCAGAAUAACAUUUGAGGUCAGCGUGCGCCUUCUAGGAGGGUUGAUGGCAUUGGGUUACACAAUUGCAGCUAUACUAAAACGAAGCAGCCAUGUCUUUUCCGAUGAUAAGGUGACUGUAAAAACUGAUUGGCUCGAACAAGUUAACCGCCUAUAUGUUCAGGUUCAAGGGAAAGAUAGAAACUAUGUUAAACUUGUUGCAGAGAAACUGGGAUUGGAUGGUUCAUAUGUUCCUCGCACUUACAUAGAACAAAUUCAGCUAGAAAAGCUUGUUAAUGAUGUAAUGGCACUGCCAGAGGAUCUUAAGACAAAGCUCAGCAUUGAUGAUGAUAUGGUUUCAAGCCCUAAAGAAGCCCUUUCUCGAGCUUCUGCUGAUAGGAGAAUGAAGUAUCUAAAUCGUGGUAUUUCUCACUCAUUUUCAACUCAGAGAGAGAAGCAUCUAUCUAAGUUGACUAGACUAGCUAUAAAUAACAGAAGAUUUGAUGGGAGAGCUCUUGAAUCACCUGCGCCAGUUGCCAACCAAGGAGUCAUCACUCAGCUUUCUGAACAAAUAUCCACAUUAACUGAAAGAAUGGAUGAGUUCACGAAUCGUAUUGAGGAGCUAAAUUCAAAGUUUGCAUCCAGAAAAGCCAGUCAACAGAACAUAGCCUUGCCUGCUGAAGCCUGCAAUGGCUCAGGUCACACUUCUCUUUUUGUAACUGGAUUGGGAAAUGGUUCAUUGACAAGAUCAUUGCUGCCUCAUUCUUCAUCGUCUUCCCAAUUAGCUAGGGAUGCUCCCCUGAUGGAAGAGGUUUUGCUUGUUGCACGAGGACAGCGGCAAAUUAUACAUCAACUAGACUCUCUAAGUACUCUGUUGCACGAAUACUGCGGUGAAAGGUCGCGACACGGAAGGACAGACCAGACAAACAGAAUGCACGAAGUGGAAACCAUUGCCAUCCCCCUGGUUCUGACUUUGGCCAUUGGUGCUGUUGGUGUCUUCUUGUUCAGGGGUUUCACAUCCCAAAAAUAAUAUAGAUAUACGUAAAUAUGUAAUUUUUCCCCAUUACUUGACACGUUGAGAAGGAAGCCUAAUAAGUAAUAAGUAUAUGCCAAAUGUGUCUCUAAACAGUAAACACAGCCAUCUAUGUGUAACGACAAUGGGAUGAUGGUAUAUUUUGAUUGUCAAUAUAUUUGUUCUUAAAAUAA